UGGUUUGUUGAGAUUCAGCAGAGACAAAUGCCUUAGUGACCCAGGCUUGGAAUUUCCAGUCUUUCUUUGCACUCUAGAGGUGAGAGGGCUGGCCAGAGCCCACCAUCAAGCCUUAUUUCUGGAUAUAGUCUAUGAGGUUGGGGUUUCCAAAACUUCAGCUGGCCAAUGUCUUUUUUAAAAAAUUAUUAUUAUUUUAGGACCAAAGAUAUCAUACACCAUGGUCUGUCCCCUGCAUUGUGCAUAGCCUUGCCACUAAAGGGCAGGGCUGAAGGAAGGUGGAGGAGAGAGAUUUUCUGUCUAGUGGUAGGACUUCUUGCUUCCCUAUAGCCUUCCUCAGUAUGGGUUCUGGCAGGAACCAUUUGGCGCCAUUUAUUGAUCCUCUACAUUGGGCAGAGGACAGAGCUAUGUUUUCAGGCAGAGCUUUGUGAAAGACAUUUUUCUGGUCUCCAGGGAGGGGCAGGAGUCUGCUGGGGGACAGUUCUGGCUUCUUCCAUGUCUGGGAGAGCCCUGCAAAUGUCACUCCUGCCAGCACUCUAUGGCUUCUCCUGAUCCAAGCUGCCGCUCUCGGUCUUCCCAUGACAGCCCAUGAGUGAUCCCUAAUGGCCAGCCAAAGAAGUAUGGAGCAGGACCAGAGCCCUAGCCCACCAGCAGCACCUGAGGCUGGGAAUCCAUGCCACUGCACUCUGGCCUGUUUUGGAGGCUGCUUGGCAAUAACAUUCAGAUUAUUGGAAAUAAAUCGUCGCCCGAUUGUGUAUCUCCAAGAAGAGGCUUGGCCUUGUUUCCUGGCUGCCGGCCUGCCAUUCCUCCUGCUAUGAUGCCUGGGCAGAUCCCGGACCCUUCAGUGACCGCAGGCUCUCUGCCAGGGCUCGGCCCCCUCACCGGACUUCCCAGCUCUGCUCUGACCACAGAGGAGCUGAAAUACGCUGACAUCCGCAACAUUGGGGCCAUGAUUGCGCCCUUGCACUUCCUGGAGGUGAAACUGGGCAAGAGGCCCCAACCCGUGAAGAGUGAGGUGAGACUCUUGUUCUCCAGACAAAGCCCAGGCUUCCAGCUAGAUGAGGAAGAAGAGCGAAGGAAAAGGCGCCGGGAGAAGAACAAAGUCGCCGCGGCCAGAUGCCGGAACAAGAAGAAGGAGCGCACGGAGUUUCUGCAGAGGUUGCUUUUGGUCACGGUGUUUCGUCACGGCGAUAGAAGUGGAUGGUGUCGCAGAAAUGGAUGGUGACCGGCCCUAGUCUGCCCCACAGAGUCUCCAGUGGUCCAAGCAACAGGGAUGAGAGAUUGGAACUGAAGCCUCAGAAAUAAUGAUCUACGAUUAAUCCCCUUAUUGCAUGAUUACCUCAGGUAUUGUGUUAUAGUGAUGGGAAGCCAACAAUACAGAUGGCAAUUGUUUGCAAGUCUACUAAUUGGUAAAUAUUUUCUUCUCAAGUUUCACCCAUAGGGGAAAAGAAAAAAUCGCUCACUUUCACACGGGAAAGGCAGUGGUGCCCAUUUACUAUCUAGCGUGAGGAUUACUUUGACUCUCUCUUCUCCAUCCUGGUAUGAUCCGUGGGACAUUUGAGUCUCUUGAUGUUCCACGGUGUCUCAAAGCUCCCACUGGACGAAUGUCACUAUGCACAUGAGACCCACAGUGCAAGAAGUGGCAAUGACUGGAUGCACAGUAAGCCACAGAGGUGGUUGACAGUGGGAAAGAAACCCUAGAUGGACUUGUCGGCCUGCCCCGUUGACGGCGUUCCUAGUGGUCUGAAGCGUCCUGAAGCGUGGCCUUCAAAAUGAAGCUCAAGCUAUUGCAUGUUACACCUGCCACAGAGAAAGAGGCAUGGGGCCUUCGCAGACCUGUGGAUUUGGAGACAACCUACAUUCUGUGUUAGGGAUAGUGCUCUAACUAACCCACAUGGCAGUGGCUUGGAAGGCUGCCAACUAUGAGGCUCUGCAACUGGUCUGGACUGCAGUUGUAGCUGCUGUUUGCCAUUUUACACUAUGUAACUCAAAAUACAGCAGAGCCAAAGGAGGCCAUGGCACAUCCGGCCUCCUCUAGAUGACGCCACUAAACAGAGCCCAUAGUAGUCCACACUAAACUACACUGGGCGCUGGGAAGUCCUGUGUAGUCCCUUGCCCAGAAACACUCAGGGUAUAUGGACUCCACUCAACACAAGAGUUUCUUGAAAUGGCCUCCUCCUCCUCUAGCUUGGAGGCCGGGGAGGAUACAUGCUGGGGCAUGAGAGGAUGUGAUCCCAUCGGACGAUUUUUUUGUUUGUUUGUUCUGCAAAGCUAGCCCCAUCUCUCCAGGAUCAGAUCUCAAAACAGGUAAGGGUACAGCCAUCCUAGAAACAGUUCUGCACAUGGUGACCUGGAUUCAGACCUUCUGUGCCUUGCUAUCUCUGUUAAUACCUUAAUAAAAAAUUCCCUUUUUUGUAUUUA